GCACGUGUGUUCACAAUGAUUGAUAAAACAAAAUCAAAUCAUACAUAAACCCUAAUUCACACUCAAACACAGCAAACAAACACCACCGCAACACCCCCAACAAUGGCUCCACACACUUGUUCAAGCAACUCAUGUUUCCAAUCCUCAUUCACCUAUAAACUCAAACCCACCCAAUUCAACAACCAGCAUUUUCCCCCAAAUCUUCUUUACCGUAGAUCCCUUACACCGCCAAGCGCAUCCCUUAAAGUUGCAGCACCCAACGCAAGGGUGGAGAUGGGGAAGAAAACCAGAGAGGUGAUUGAGGAUGAAGCCAAGUUUUUAGUGGGUACUUAUGCGAGGGUGCCGGUUGUGCUUGAGAGAGGGAAAGGGUGUAGGUUGUAUGAUGUUGAGGGGAAUGAGUAUUUGGAUUUGAGUGGGGGAAUUGCUGUGAAUGCGCUUGGGCAUGGGGAUGAUGAUUGGUUGAAAGCGGUUGUUGAGCAAGCUGGUGUGUUGACUCAUACUAGCAAUAUUUAUCUCACUGUUCCUCAGGUAGAACUUGCAAAGAGUUUAGUAGCUUCUUCUUUUGCUGAUCGUGUAUUUUUCUCAAACUCUGGAACUGAAGCAAAUGAAGCAGCUAUUAAAUUUUCAAGAAAAUAUCAGAAACACAAUUCUACUGAAGGGAAAGAGCCAGCUACUGAGUUCAUAGCUUUUAGCAAUUGCUUCCAUGGAAGAACCAUGGGCUCAGUUGCUUUGACAAGUAAAGUGCAGUACAGAACACCUUUUGAACCUGUUAUGCCUGGAGUGACCUUUAUAGAGUAUGGAAAUGCACCAGCCGCUGUAGAGUUAAUUCGGCAGGGCAAAACUGCUGCUGUUUUUGUCGAGCCUAUCCAAGGAGAAGGGGGAAUAUACAGUGCUACAAAAGAAUUUCUACAGUCUCUGCGAAAUGCUUGUGAUGAAACUGGGACACUUCUUGUGUUUGAUGAGGUUCAAUGCGGUUUAGGUAGAACAGGAUUUCUUUGGGCUCAUGAGGCAUACGGAGUCUUCCCCGACAUUAUGACACUUGCCAAGCCUCUUGCUGGAGGCCUACCUAUUGGAGCCGUCCUCGUAACCGAACGAGUUGCCUCUUCUAUAAAAUACGGUGAACACGGAAGUACUUUUGCUGGAGGUCCUCUUAUAUGCAAUGCUGCUCUUGCAGUUUUGAAUAAAAUAUCAAAUCCUAAUUUCCUCUCUGAUGUAUCAAAGAAAGGACUAUACUUCAAAGAACUACUAAAACAGAAAUUGGGAGGAAAUCCCCAUGUGAAAGAGAUUCGUGGCGUCGGGCUAAUUAUAGGAAUUGAUUUAGACGUGCCCGCGUCACCGCUGGUAGAUGCUUGCCGAAACGCUGGCCUUUUAAUAUUGACAGCUGGAAAAGGUAAUGUUGUUAGGCUUGUUCCACCAUUGAUUAUAACAGAACAGGAGAUUGAGCAAGCAACUGAUAUUCUCUCCCAAACUAUCCAUAUUUUGGAUGCCAAUAAUUCAAAGUAAGAGAAAGAGGCUUUAUUUUCUUGCUGGAAGUUAUCAUGAAGAUGUUGUGUUGUUUUUGUAUAUUGUAUAAUAAAUAAGUGGCAGAUGAGACGAUUUUGCAUUGAUGCUUUCAUUGUAUGUCAGAAGGGUGUGUAGCUAUUUUGCCAUUUGAAUAAUGAACUGGUUUUUUAUUUAUCA